GGCCGGGUGUUGCCGCUGUCAGGGCUGCUGGGCCGCCUCGGAGAUGGCAGCUCCGGGCGACGCCGGGGGAGCGGGCGCGGGGCCGGGACCGGGGCGGCCGCCGGCCGGAGACCUGCGGAGCGUGCUGAUCACGAGCGUGCUGAACCUGGAGCGGCUGGAGCUCGACCUCUUCAGGGGCCGGCACCACUGGGUGCCCGCCACGCAGCGGCUCUUCGGCGGGCAGAUCGUGGGGCAGGCCCUGGUGGCGGCCGCCCGCGCCGUUAGCCGCGACGAGCAGGUCCACUCGCUGCACUGCUACUUCGUGCGGGCAGGGGACCCCAAGGUGCCAGUGCUGUACGAGGUGGAACGGACCCGUACAGGGAAGAGCUUCUCUGUUCGUUCUGUAAAGGCCAUCCAGCAUGGAAAGCCGAUCUUCACCUGCCAGGCCUCCUUCCAGCUCUCCCAGUGCAGCCCGGUGCAGCACCAGUUCACCAUGCCUGCCGUGCCACCCCCUGAGAAGCUGCUGACGCAGGAGGAGCUCAUCCAGAAGUUCCUGCAGAAUCCUAACUUGGCGGAGAGAUACAGAAAGCACCUUAACAAGAUUCAGGCCGAAGACGUGCCAAUUGAUAUCAAACCCGUGAACCCGCCAGAUAUAUUCUGCUCCGAGCCGCAGGAGCCAAAGCAGCUCUUCUGGGUGCGAGCACGAGGCUACAUAGGAGAGACUGACAUGAAGGUGCACUGCUGUGUGGCUGCCUACAUCUCUGACUAUGCCUUCCUGGGCACGGCCCUGCUCCCACACCGGCAGUACCAUAUCAAGUUCAUGGUGUCCCUUGACCAUUCUAUGUGGUUCCACGCGCCCUUCCGAGCGGACCACUGGAUGCUGUACGAGUGUGAGAGCCCCUGGGCUGGUGGGUGCCGGGGACUGGUGCAGGGACGGCUGUGGCGCAGGGAUGGGGUCCUGGCUGUCACCUGUGCACAGGAAGGAGUCAUCAGGGUGGAGCAAAUGCCAAACCAGAGCAAGCUCUAGCUGCGAAACCCCUGCGGGCUGGGGCUUGGGCACGCCGAGGGACGGACCAGGAGAGAUGUGGGCCAGGUGGGACCUGGGCAGCAGCAGAAAUGAGCCUUGAAGGGAGACUGGGCUGGAUCCAGCACCGUGGGGAGAGCUGGUGCCAGAGGCCCUCCACGACAGAUGGGGACCUGCAGAGGCGUCUGCUGCAACUGACUGCUUGCUGCACAGCACAUAACCGUACAGUAUGAUCAGCUGCCCUUCACCUGCCUUAAAUAAAGAUGUCAGGUGAAUGGCUGGGCUCCAUUCCCUGGACUUUGUCGCCUUGA